GAGAGGGCUUGGGGGUAGGAUCCCGUGACGUUACUGGCUCCUCCUCCCGGUGAAUAUAAAGGGAGAUUGGCGCGCAACGACCCUGAGCUGCAUCCUUGAAGCCUGAGCAGCCCAAGUCGGCAGAUCCAACCCAACUCGACUAAGUCAGCCUCAUUGAACCAGAUCCGAGAAUCUUCGCCCCCUGGUCUUGCCACAGCUCUCUGGCGCAUCUCCCGAUUUCGGAUGCUGAAGCCCUGCCUCACCGCUGGUGCUCACAGGUUCAGUCCAGCCAGGCGCGUGGAAGUGGAGAAACAUUAGCUUCCUCCCCAGGGCAAAGAAGGCUCAGGUGGAGCGCUGUGGCCUCGAACCUAGCAUCUUCUUCCGGUCCAACUAGAAUGCGGCUGUGGCAUGCUCUUCGAAGAUUUGGUCGAAAGCUGGUGAGGAGACGUGCGUUGGAGCUGGGCAUGGGCGAGACCCGCCUUGCCAGAUGCCUGAGCACCCUCGACUUAGUGGCCCUGGGUGUGGGCAGCACAUUGGGUGCAGGUGUGUAUGUCCUGGCUGGUGAGGUGGCAAAAGAUAAAGCAGGACCAUCCAUUGUGAUCUGCUUUUUGGUGGCUGCUCUGUCGUCGGUGUUAGCUGGACUGUGUUAUGCUGAGUUUGGUGCCCGAGUCCCCGGCUCUGGUUCUGCAUAUCUCUACAGUUAUGUCACUGUAGGUGAACUCUGGGCCUUCACCACCGGCUGGAACCUCAUCCUCUCCUACGUCAUUGGUACAGCCAGUGUGGCCCGGGCUUGGAGCUCUGCUUUUGACAACCUGAUUGGAAACUACAUCUCUCAGUCUCUGAAAGGAACCAUCUCACUGAAUGUGCCUCAUGUUCUGGCAGAAUAUCCAGAUUUCUUUGCCAUGGCCCUUGUGUUGCUGCUCACUGGAUUGUUGGCUUUGGGAGCAAGUGAUUCUGCUCUGGUUACCAAAGUGUUCACAGGGGUGAACCUCUUGGUUCUUGGAUUUGUCAUCAUCUCUGGCUUCUUUAAGGGAGAUCUGAAAAACUGGAAGCUCACAAAAGAGGACUAUUGCUUGACCAUGAGUGGACCCAAUGACACUUGUAGCUUGGACUCCGUGGGCGCUGGAGGUUUCGUGCCCUUUGGCUUAGACGGGAUUCUUCGUGGCGCUGCUACCUGUUUCUAUGCCUUUGUUGGUUUUGACUGUAUUGCGACCACUGGGGAAGAGGCGAAGAAUCCCCAGCGCUCUAUCCCCAUGGGCAUUGUAAUCUCACUCUCCAUCUGCUUUUUGGCUUACUUUGGGGUGUCUUCAGCACUUACUCUUAUGAUGCCUUACUACAAGCUUCAUACUGAGAGCCCUCUACCCGAAGCAUUUAUGUACGCUGGCUGGAAUUCUGCCCGGUACCUUGUAGCUGUUGGCUCCCUCUGUGCUCUUUCCACUAGCCUUCUGGGCUCUAUGUUUCCUAUGCCUCGUGUGAUCUAUGCAAUGGCAGAAGAUGGCCUCCUGUUCCGAGUCCUUGGUAGGGUCCACAAUAGAACACAUACACCCAUUGUGGCCACCGUGGUAUCUGGUGUUAUUGCAGCAUUCAUGGCAUUCCUCUUUGAACUCAGUGAUCUUGUGGACCUCAUGUCAAUUGGGACUCUACUUGCUUACUCCCUGGUGUCCAUUUGUGUUCUCAUCCUUAGAUAUCAGCCUGACCAGGAAAUAAGGAAUGGUGAACAGGAAGUGGAAUUGCAGGAGGAUGAGGAAACACUUGAAGCAGAGAAGCUAACUGUCCAGGCUCUAUUUUGUCCAGUCAACUCCAUCCCCACCCUCCUUUCUGGCCGGGUUGUCUAUGUUUGUUCCUCACUGCUUGCUGUACUACUGACUGUUCUUUGUCUGGUGCUGACCCGGUGGACAACUGCUCUUCGUUCUGGAGAACCAGUGUGGGUCACAGUGGUUGUGCUGAUCCUGGGGCUCAUUCUUGGAAUUACUGGAGUUAUCUGGAGACAGUCACAGAACCGCACGCCCCUUCACUUUAAGGUGCCUCUUGUGCCUCUACUCCCAUUGCUGAGCAUCUUUGUGAAUAUUUACCUGAUGAUGCAAAUGACAGCUGGCACUUGGGUCCAAUUUGGGAUCUGGAUGCUGAUUGGAUUUGCUAUCUACUUUGGCUAUGGGAUCCAGCACAGUGUGGAAGAAGUUAAGAAUAAUCAAACCUUACCCAAAAGAAGGGCCCCAACUGUAGACCUUGAUCUCACUGCUUCGUGUAUUCAUGCCAUUUGACCUAAUCACACCUGAGUAUUCUCUAGCCCCCCUACACAACAAUGGAGCUCACUCUUGACCCCAUGGAGAGCUGGGCCUCUCAUAUGGUGUUAGUGAGGAAUACUAAAUAGAGCUCUGUAUUUAUUGUGAAAUGAUGGAUGUGUCUUUGCUGUUUCUCAUGUUUUUUAACUUGUUUACUUUCAAAUAGUCUCUGUAGUUGCUUCCUGGCUUUGAAAAAAAAAUAUUAUUAAAAGAAAACAACAACA